CUGCAGCUUGAACAGCAGUUGGAUGGUGGUGCCAGCAAAGCCAGCCUCAGCCCCUCCUCUGUUAACCAGAAAUUCCCCAACAACACUGACCCUGGAAACAAGCAGCUGCUCUUCCAAGAUUCAGUUGCCUCCCCUCCAGUUCGGGAUGUGGGCAUGAAUUCUCCAGUUCUGGUCCUCCCCAGCUCCUCUUCUGCUGCUUCUGGCUCAGAGACCACAACCUUCAACAGGAAAAAUGAGCUGGGUUUGGAUGCUUCUCCAGUAAUGAAGAACCCUCCCAAGCUGGAGGGUGAUGCUACUGAUGGCUCCUUUGCCAAUAAGCAUGGCCGCCAUGUCAUUGGCCACAUUGAUGACUAUAGUGCCCUAAGACAGCAGAUUGAAGAGGGCAGACUGCUGGUCAAGAAGGUAGCAUCCCUCGUGAGAUCAACCUGCAACUUCCUUGGCCUUGAAGCUCUAGGCACAGAGGUGAUGGGCAGUGAAGCCAUCCAUGAGCUCAGGAGCAGCGCCAACGCCCUGCACCACCGGCUGGAGGAGUCUGCCUCCCUCCUCACCAUGUUCUGGCGAGCAGCCUUGCCAAGCUCCCAUGGCCCUGCGCUGGGUGGCAAAGUGGGAGAGUCCAUGAAAAGGGAGCUUCUGGAACUGAGAACCAAACUAUCCAGACAGGAGAGUCUCCUUCAGAGCACAGCUGAGCAUCUGAAGACCGCCAACCAGCAGAAGGAGAGCUUGGAGCAGUUCAUCUUCAGCCAGUGUGAAAUCCCUAAGGGCUCUGCCACGCACUCCAGUCCUGUGACCCUUGCCUUCCAGGAGCCAGGCAAGAAGCGAAGCCACCAGAGGUCCUCCAAACAGCAGGAAGGAUGGGCCUGCCCCCCUUCUUCACAGCUCCCUGUCUGCUGA